AGCUCCAGUGUACGCACUUUGUAAAGGUAGUGGCACCUGUCUUGCGCCGUCUGCUGCAUGAUCUGGUCUUGCUGUACUGAGGUAUGGAAUAACAUACAUACCUAUAGAUCAGCUGAGUCAGUAUCAGAGCGAGUGAGCUGCAAUCGGUACUACGCGCUGAUCUGUGAGUGACGUGACCCACAGUUUUCUCGGAUUUCCAGUGUUUUGUUUAGAGUAAAAGUUGAAAAUUUCAAUUAUUAAAGCACUUGUAGGCAAGUCUUGAGUUACACGUUUGUGAGGCUAAUCAACGCCAAGCCAAUAUAUUGCUAACGAUUGUAAGCCUCGUUGAUGCUGCUGUUAUUCUUGUUGUCGUGGAGUCAAGCCAAGUGUCAAGUUUUAAAAUUGAUUAGUUAAGCAGCGCCGUUAUAAAAUUCGAAAUUAAAAUGGACACAUAUGUGAAUCAACUAAUUAAGCAGUGACAGUGACCAGGUUUCUUAUUGCUCGGCUAUGGAAAGCGAUGAACUAUCCAGGAGUGAGAGGAGGACUUCGCAGCCUACCGCUGGAAAUUUUGUUCAAAUUCGAGGAGACGGGCAUUCUAAGCACCUUCGAUACCGCUAUCGAGGACCUUGCGCACAUUACAAAAAACCAACCAUAGCCCGUGUUCGAUAGCUAGCAGUCUUUACAAAUAUAGAGUACUUUUAUUGAAAAAGGAGUCACUAUUUCAUUGGGAUAUUCAUUGCUUCGAAUAAGCAGUAAUUACUAUCCGCAGCAAAUUCCGAUAAAAAAUUGUCAGCUGAAGACUGCUAUGGUCUUUCGGAUUCUUCUGGCGACAACGAACAUCAUCAAAAAUACACAAACGAAAUGAUUCAUUCGACAUCAUCAGAUAUAGUUACGGAUUCGGAAGGGCUAAUUCUUCCACGUAAAUUGGCUAACCCGUAUUUAGAAUCACGGGACCGUCGCGAUCUACAUAGGGAAUUGUUAUUUAAUCAAAAAAUUGGACGAAGUGUAAUUGGGCAGAAAUCAGAAUUGGAGUGUGCCCUCCAAAAACAAAAGGAACGCCAGUUCAUUUUGGAACAGCAACAACAACAAGAUAAUAGUCGAAAUGAUUUGGAAGAUGAAUUUUCCAAAGUAAUGAUGGAACGUGCACAAAAGCUAGAAAAAUCAAAUUUACAGCAGGAAGAAGAGCAUGUGGAUCCACAAUUAAAUUUAGAGUAUCUUAACGCCAGAGCGAAACUGCGGGAUGUUCGAAGUCCAUUUAUUGCACUCCUGGAGAAUACUCUAUCGCCUAGGCAACUGUCUUACAUAAAUGAUGGAACCAAAUUGAUGUCACGCUUUGCCAUGCUACCGCAUAAUGUUGGGAAUAUUUUCAUGUCAAUGAUAACAAGUCCCCAUAGUGCUUACCUUGUACAGCAACAUGCCUAUAUAUUAAUCCCUAGAUAUAUACGAUUGUGUAUAUUUUCUCUACUAUUUAUAUUAUGCACACAGUAACAUGUUCAUAUAUCUUUAUUAAAAAUGAACUUAAGCGAAAAACGCAUUACCAUACUAUGCUGCGAAAGGAGGGUGAAUACUUCAGUCACCACGUUCAUAAAAUAAAUGAUGCUUAAACGUGCCUAUUUGCCAAAUGUAGGACAUGUUGUGAAUGGAAUCUCUUUUGGGUUUGAGCGAGGUCCUGGGAGCAGUUCUUUGUAGCCAACAUCAAGAGUUAAGUGCCGCACAAAGACCACCACUGAAAACUCCGUAGGAGGGAUUUGAUUGUGGGGUAGAAUGAGCAUAGUAAAUGUUUUUUCUCUUCAGGAUCUGUAUCUGGAUGUCGUAAGCGUACUAUUCAUGAUGCACCUUCAGGAGGACUAUGGGCUCGUAUAUGUGAUUCUUAGACUUUUAUAUAACUCAUAUAUUUCGAAGUGUCUGCGUUGGUAAUCGGAUAGUUUACCGAGAGCAAUAUUCACGAUUAUUGAAUUUUCGGUAUUUCCGAUCCGGUGUGAAAACAAUGUAUCAUAUUCAUGUAAAUGAAACAGUUUGAAAGUGAAGCAAAUAUCUGCUUAUUUGGA